CCCCUCACGCAAGCAGGAUGGCCAACGCCAGCCCAUGCCUGCCCACAGGACAUGCCCAGGUCUUCUUCCCCCAGGGGGGCCGCUCACCUCCAGGGUCUGUGAUCAUGCAGCAAGGGACCCCCCUUUCCGCCGCCGCUGCCGCACACCCACCCGGAUUCCACAGCAUGGACCACGGGACAGCCCCGGGCCCCGGGGGCGCAGCGAUGUCUCCAGUGCCCCCCACCCCAGCCGGGGUGUCCUUCAUCAUCCAGAUCGGGCUGACGCGGGAGUCGGUGCUGCUACCCCACACGGCUGACCUGGCCUACGUCAAGCAGAUCGCCUGCUCCAUUGUGGACCAGAAGUUCCCAGAGUGUGGUUUCUACGGGAUUUAUGACAAGAUCCUGCUGUUUAAACAUGACACAACCACCAACAACAUCCUGCAGCUGGUGAAGGGCACCUCAGACAUCCAGGAGGGUGACCUCAUCGAGGUGGUCCUGUCAGCGGCCGCCACCUUCGAGGAUUUCCAGAUACGGCCCCACGCCCUGAACGUCCACUCGUACCGCGCCCCUGCCUUCUGUGACCACUGCGGGGAGAUGCUGUUCGGCCUGGUGAGGCAGGGCCUCAAGUGUGACGGCUGUGGGCUGAACUACCACAAGCGCUGUGCCUUCAGCAUCCCCAACAACUGCAGCGGUGCACGCAAGCGCCGUCUCUCCACCACCUCGCUGACCAGCAGCCAAUCGCAGCGCCUGUCCACCACUGAGUCCCUCAGCAGCAUCAGCACCACCCAGGACGAGUCCGCCGGGCUAGUGCGGUCGCACACACAGAUGCCCCGGACCCCCAGCGAGGCACGGCGCUUCUACACCGGACGUCCCGUCCACCUGGAUAAGAUCCUCAUCCACAAGGUGAAGGUGCCCCACACCUUCGCCAUCCACUCCUAUACGCGCCCCACUGUCUGCCAGUACUGCAAAAGGCUGCUGAGGGGCCUCUUUCGCCAGGGCCUGCAGUGCAAGGACUGCAAGUUCAACUGUCACAAGCGCUGUGCGUACAAAGUGCCUAAUGACUGUCUUGGAGAGACCAUUGAAGAUAUAAUGAGCCCCAGUGUGGAUCAGGAGGUGCCCAUGGACUACAGCAGCGAGUUCGGCGACUCUGACAAAUCGUCCCUCAUGGAUGACUCAGAUGACACUGAUGCCUGCAGCAUCCCCGGCUCCUUCUCCCCAAACACCUUCCCUGACAGCAGCCAGGACGGCACCAGCGGGGACCAGAGCUCCAUGGGCUACAUCCCCCUGAUGCGAGUGGUGCAGUCGGUCAGACAGACCACACGCCGCUCCAGCACCGCCAUCAAGGAGGGCUGGAUGGUGCACUACAGCAACAAGGACACGCUGAGGAAGAGACACUACUGGCGCCUGGACUGUAAGUGCAUCAUCCUCUUCCAGAACGACACCACCAACAAGUACUACAAGGAAAUCCCCCUAUCGGAGAUCUUGGAGGUGCGUCCUGCCGAAGACUUCACUCUCGUCCAGCCCGGAGCCAGUCCCCACUGCUUCGAGAUCGUCACUGGCACCAUGCGCUAUUUCGUGGGGGAGGACCACCAACCCUGCCCUACACCUGACCCAGCCCCGCUGCCCUCCUCCUCCACCUCCCCGGACCUCCUCGCCUCCUCCACACCCAGUAGCAUUGCACCGAAUAGCGGGGUGGGACGGGAAGUGGCCAAGGCCUGGGAGAGCGCCAUUCGCCAGGCCCUCAUGCCAGUCAUUUUCCAGGAUGCGCCCACCACAGAGGGACACACCCCCCACAGGCAGGCAUCAGUGAGCAUUUCCGUCUCUAACAGUCAGAUCCAGGAGAACGUGGACAUUGGCAUGGUGUAUCAGAUCUUUGCUGAUGAGGUCUUGGGCUCUGGACAGUUUGGAGUUGUGUAUGGAGGGAAGCACAGGAAGACGGGGCGGGACGUGGCUGUGAAGGUGAUUGACAAGCUGCGCUUCCCCACCAAGCAGGAGAGCCAGCUGAGGAACGAGGUUGCAAUUCUGCAGAGUCUGCGUCACCUGGGCAUAGUGAACCUGGAGUGCAUGUUCGAGACGCCGGAGAAGGUGUUUGUGGUGAUGGAGAAGCUGCACGGGGACAUGCUGGAGAUGAUCCUGUCCAGCGAGAAGGGGAGGCUGCCAGAGCGGCUCACCAAGUUCCUCAUAACGCAGAUCCUGGCAGCCCUGCGCCACCUGCACUUCAAGAACAUCGUCCACUGCGACCUGAAGCCUGAGAACGUGCUGCUAGCCUCCGCUGACCCCUUCCCUCAGGUGAAGCUGUGUGAUUUCGGCUUCGCCCGCAUCAUCGGGGAGAAGUCGUUCCGGCGCUCGGUGGUGGGAACACCGGCCUACCUGGCCCCCGAGGUGCUGCGGAACCAGGGCUACAACCGCUCGCUGGACAUGUGGUCCGUGGGCGUCAUCAUGUAUGUCAGCCUGAGCGGCACCUUCCCCUUCAACGAGGACGAGGACAUCAACGACCAGAUCCAGAAUGCGGCCUUCAUGUACCCACCCAACCCCUGGAAGCACAUCUCUCCUGAUGCCAUUGACCUGAUCAAUAACCUGCUGCAGGUGAAGAUGAGGAAACGCUUCAGCGUGGACAAGAGCCUCAGCCACACCUACCUGCAGGACUACCAGACAUGGCUGGACCUGCGGGAGCUGGAGACCAAGCUGUGCGAGCGCUACAUCACGCACGAGAGCGACGACAACCGCUGGCAGCAGUUCGCCCAGGAGCACUCUCUGCCUUACCCAGCCCACCUGGUGCCGCCGCCGGCCGCCUCCGACGACGAGGACGCCUAUGAUGACUCCGACAUGCAGGGCCUGACGGAGCGCGUCAGCAUCCUCUGACCCGGGGAUCAGACGAACGGCGAUGGACGAACGGGGGAGGGGGGGAGCGGGGGGAGGCGCGGAGGGAGAGAGGGAGGAGACGCAGCCACUGGCUGCUCAAAGAUCUUUAGCCAUAACCUGUAGCCUGAGCAGCCCGCAGAGUUAAGUCUGUCCCCCCUGCCCUCCGUCGAGGUGAUUUCAGUCUAGUCUGCCCUGUCUCACUUACGUUAACUUAGCUCCAUGACCUUUGACCCCCGGAGCAGGGAAAAUGCUCCGUUCCACAAAACCUCACAGGAGAAAAAGCCUUCCUGUGGGCCAGUUUUGGAUCUGAUGUGGUGUUAGGAGUGGGAUGAGAGGGCAGUAGUGUGGGCCCGUGGUCAGUAUCAAGCUGAAGAACUGUAGUGCUCUGCAGGUGAACUCCAAGCCAGCACUCACCAAUACACCCACCUCAUCCUCAGUGCUGUUCACCUAGCAGUAUAUGCACCUGCUGUUAUGAAGGAAGACAGACACAAGACAAAGGGCAUAAUGGGAUAGCUAGAUCAAUCUAUCUUUGCAUUCCCUACUUACACACGUAAAGGACAGUAUAUAAAUGGCAUUUUCUUUGAUGGAUAUUGUGGACAGUGACUGUCUGUAGAUGAUCCAUAUAGGUCAGAGUGAAUCCCUGCUGGAACUGGAGCUUCCUCGGUAAAGACAGGUAUUAGAUCUCCUGACGUCAUCAAGUACAUCACAAAUAAUUGGCCAAUUUUCUCCCACCAGCAGCUAUAUCUAACAGAGAACCCAACAGGAAGAUUGCAGCAGGUUUAACUUUUUUAUUGGUGUCUCUUUUUUGACGGUGCUGAUGUUGCUGACACUGCUGAGACGAAAUACUGAGACGCCUUUUAUUAACUGCUGAGGUCUUUGUGAAAGCAUGACCUGAACAGUUUAGCUCAAAUUCCUCCUCAAAUCUGGAAGGGACGUUUCCCACAGGGUCUGUUAACUGGCCAUGGUUUGCCAUCUGGUAUUAAAGGUGGAAAGACAGAAUCCAGUUUGAGAAGGCAAACACCAAUGCAGCCUGGUUUUACCUAAUUUGACAUCUCCUCAGUUCACUCUUCUACAAACACUCACUGCCCCUCACCUUCCCCAUACAAGGAAGUGGUUUAGGGCUAUUGCCGGAUAUUUAUCACUGGGCAAUCUAUUUAUUUUUUAUUCUCUCAUUUACUUUCUGCAGCAAAUCAUGCAUCUUCUGAUGUGUUUAACAGAUAUUGAGUUUUUCAUAAAAAAGAAGAAAUUGACAUAGGUAAAUGGCUUGCACUCCACUGUCCAGGCCUGAUGAAGGCAACAGAGUUUUUAUUGAGCCAUACAGUCACUUAGAAUGACUUCAGGGCAAUGUAAGCUGGAGGGUUUUUAGUGUGUUGGGAAUGGAUUGCUAUUGUCCUCCUGAACAGCAGAGGGUGGUGUGGCACCUAUAACAGACAUGUUGCUCUAUUGUAGCUAGAAGGAGAACAUCUAAUGAACUUCACACCUGAUUGGGAGAGGAUUUGAGCAACUUAGGUUCCUAGAAAUAUGGAUUAUUAAUAUGAAUCUAACAUGUCAACAAAUUGCCUGUCCUUGUAAAAUAGGUUGCAUAGUACAUAGCUAUGGAAGACUAUUUUGUAUAUGUAACGCAUAUGUGUAUGUAGUGUAUGUUUGGGGAAUGUAUGACUGUAUGUAAGAUCCCAGCAUGCAAAUACAGUAUCAUGAUCUACAAAUGAU